AUUAAGUGAUCUACAGCGUGACCCACCUGCUCACUGUUCAGCUGGACCUGUGGGAGACGACUGUAAGCUUUGCUUUAUUGCUAGCAUUUUGCUACCUGUAAUAAUAUAGGUUUGAACAUUUGUUAAUGACUCCAAAACUCCUUUGUUUGUUUCAGUGUUCCACUGGCAAGCAACUAUUAUGGGGCCUCCUGAUAGCGCAUAUCAAGGUGGAGUCUUCUUUCUCACUGUCCACUUUCCGACCGACUAUCCUUUUAAACCACCAAAGAUCGCUUUCACAACAAAAAUUUACCAUCCAAAUAUAAACAGUAAUGGAAGUAUUUGUCUUGAUAUCCUGAGGUCACAAUGGUCACCAGCUCUGACUGUAUCAAAAGUUUUAUUGUCCAUAUGUUCUCUACUUUGUGAUCCUAAUCCAGAUGACCCCUUAGUACCAGAUAUUGCACAAAUCUAUAAAUCAGACAAAGAAAAAUACAACAGACACGCAAGAGAAUGGACUCAGAAAUAUGCAAUGUAAAAUCAAAAAAUUUUUCAUAUAUACCAGAGUACUGUAAAAUCUAGGUUUUUUUCAAUAUUAGCAGUAAAUUGAGCACUGUUUACUGUUUCAUUGUACCAUGAAAUCUUUUGAUUUUUAUCCAUUUUAAAUGUAUUUCUGAAGCAAGACAAAAAAAACUUCCAAAAAUACCCUUAAGACUGUGAUGAGAGCAUUUAUCAUUUUGUAUGCAUUGAGAAAGACAUUUAUCAUGGUUUUUAAGAUACUUGGACAUCUGCAUCUUCAGCUUACAAGAUCUACAAUGCAUCUGAAAAGCAACCAAAUUAUUUUUUGCUGAAACUAGAUGUUUUUACAUGAGAAAUACUGUAUGUGUCGUCUAUGUUGUCAGUUUUAUAAAUCUGUAUUCAGAUUUCAUUCUUUGUUAGCUCACUUUAUAAUUUGUAUUUUUUUACUGUAUAGACUAAAUAUAUUCUAUUUACGUGUAUGUCAACUCAUUACUUUUUCCCUGUGAACAGUAUUGAAAAAAACCGAACGGUUGAUAAUUAAAUGAAUUAACUGUCUGUCUCCCUUGUCUUAGGGUAUUCUGUAGAUUGAGUGCAGAUUUCUUAAACCUGAAUGAUCUUUACACUGUAAUUCUCAGUAUACUGAUUAUGGAGAAACACUUGUUUUGAUUUUGUUAUACUUGACUUAACUUUAUUGCAAUGUGAAUUAAUUGCACUGCUAAGUAGGAAGAUGUGUAACUUUUAUUUGUUGCUAUUCACGUUUGAAUUUUUUUCUGUAUAGUCAAUAUUAUAAUGACACCUUUUACAGAUCUUAAUGUAGCUUUUUCCAUAUAAAUAAAAUGCUUUUUCUACUA